UAAAACCUCUCAAAAGUUUGCAGCAGUGCUUGUACUACUUUAGUAUACCAUGAGUGCUGAGUGCCGCCUGUUCGCUAAAGGAUUCCCUUCUCUACAUUAUGAAAAGGAAAACUGAAAUGCAAACCUGGAGGCAGCCUGAAAUAUCCAAAUAGAUGAGCUUGUGACAUCCUCUUCCAGAGCUGAGAAAAUCCCAAGGCGGCUUGAUGAAACAAACAGGCAAGUUUCUCUGUGAAAAGGGAUUCCACAUACCCUAGCUGUGCCUCCUUGAUUCAGAACCACGAACCACGCUAGUUUAAGACUUCCAAACUCAGAUUUCAAAGGAUAUUCUGAGUGUUCCAGCUGUCGUACAAAGUAAUUGGGGCCAGCUGGAUGUCAGGAUGCAAGUGGUUACGAUUAUAAUACUACUUUUCUUUUGUAAAACAGCUGACUUUAGGAAGACAAGGAAUGGAAGUUCAAGAAACAGAGCAAGUAAUGGAAAGGCAAAUGGCUUAAGAAAAGCAUCCAGCACUGUAAAGCGCUAUACUCCAGGCCUCCCAUGUGAUGUAUACAUGUAUCUUCAUGACAAAUACUUAGACUGUCAAGAAAGAAAACUGAUAUUUGUAUUGUCUGACUGGCCUGAGGAUUUAAAACACAUGCUCCUAGCUAGAAACAGAAUUCGCAAGCUGAAGAACAACAUGUUUUCCAAGUACAUAAAGCUGAAAAGCCUAGAUUUACAACAGAAUGAGAUUUCAAAAAUUGAGGACCAAGCUUUUUUUGGUUUAAACAAGCUAACAACACUCUUACUCCAGCAUAAUCAGGUUAAGAUGUUGUCUGAGGAGGUGUUUAUAUACAUGCCUCUUUUAAGUUACUUACGCCUGUAUGAUAAUCCUUGGCACUGCAACUGUCAGAUGGAAACUCUUAUAACAAUGCUGCAGCUUCCAAGAAAUAGAAACCUUGGAAAUUAUGCUAAAUGUGUAUUUCCAGAAGAACUCAAAGGUCAAAAGCUGAAACAGAUAAAGGCUGAACCACUAUGCAGUGACGAGGAAAGACAGGACCCCAAUGGUUUAGCAGUACCAAAACCUGAAGCCACAAGACCUGAAUUUGAUUCCUCUCUCUGCCAUAUUUUUGUGUUUCCUGUACAAACACUGGACUGCAGAAAGAAAGAGUUAAAGAAGGUUCCUGGUAAUAUACCUCCAGAUGUAGUUAAACUCGAUCUUUCUAAUAAUAAAAUCAAGCAGCUACGACCCAAGGAGUUUGAAGACAUUAAUGAACUCAAGGUAUUAAACCUCAGCAGUAAUGGAAUAAUUACUAUAGAUCCAGCUGCUUUUGCAGGACUUAUCAACCUGGAGGAACUAGAUUUAUCAAACAACUCCCUGCAAAAUAUUGAAUAUGGAGUAUUAGAACACUUAUACUUUUUGAAAAUACUGUGGCUUAGAGAAAAUCCUUGGAGAUGUGACUACAACAUUCAUUAUCUUUUCUACUGGUUGAAGCACCACUACAACGUCCACUACAAUGGCUUAGAAUGUAGAACACCUGAGGAAUACAAAGGCUGGAUUGUUGGAAAGUAUGUCAGAAGCUAUUAUGAAGAGUGUCCUAAAGACAAGCUCUCAAUUUUUCCAGAAACAUUUGAGCAGGACACAGAAGAUGAAGAAUGGGAAAGGCACAAAGAACACCCAGUUCAAACAAGAAAACAAGGAGUAAUUGUCACUGUAAUAGGUUAAUUUGUUCAUUGCUACAUUCAAGCCUUUAAUAUUUUUGUAAGAAAAAAAGGGUAGGUUUUUUUGCUAAAUGUGGUUUUUGUUCAUAAGGGAAUAUCUACCUAAAUAUUUUUCAUUACUAAUCAUGAGAUGGCAUUAAUUCAUAAACCUACUAUUUUCAAUGUGUUUGGGGUCAUUUUUGCUACAUAUGGUAACCACCUGUACAAGUUUAAUACAAAAGGAUAUGAUAUUUUGCAGUUAUCCCAACUACCCCAAAGGGGUAUACUUAGGAUCCUGCUAGAAUCCCUUUAUAGAGCAGAGCUUAAGACUUGUAAGUAACUAACACAGGGCUGAAGAACUAUUUCAGAUUUUUCUGUCCUGGCUCAACAUAUAGUAGUUAUUCCUAUUCGUAGGUUCCUUGAACUUUUUAUGCUGGAAUUAAAGGUUAUGAGUAUUUCUUA